CAUUUAAUUUCCCCUACUGAUCUUCUUUCUUCCUCCUCCUCCUUCUCCUCUCUUCAUAAACAACAACAUACCCAGAAAAGAAACAUGGGAAAGCUUCCAAAACUUUCGUAUUAUCAUCUAAUUCUUCUUCUGUUAGCAGUCAAGGGAACAAGCCGACCCUUGUUGUACGCUUCUUCUUCCGGUUUAAUCUCAGAUGGUACUGAUGAUCGUGUUGAAUCCAACCAAACCUCCAUUGAUUUACUUCUCAAAGGAGGGGUGGAUUACUAUGUUUCUUCAGAAGAAGAAGAAGAAGAAGAGUGUGAGCAAUUGUACGGAUUCUUGCCAUGUUCGUACAGUGCUGCGGGGCAUCUGUUCCUCAUUGUGGUGUAUGAGUACCUCUUAUUUCAUGGGGAGUCUUACGUUGCCUCCGGCGGCGAACGGAUUUUCAAGAUUCUUGGACCCGGUAUCUUCGGUGCUAGCGCUUUCCAAGUCAUUGGUUCCCUUCCGGAGGCCUUGAUUCUUCUUGCAUCUGGACUUUUGAACAGUAAAGAGACAGCUCAAGAGUAUGUCUACACUGGUGUUGGCCUGCUUGCUGGAUCAACAAUCUUGCUUCUCACUGUACUAUGGGGAACUUGUGUUAUUGUUGCCAGUACAAACUUUUCCAAUGACCAAAACUCUGAUCCUUCGGUUAAUUCAAGUCCCGGACAUAACCCGUUUUGGAGAUUUUUGUCCUUUUUAACUGAUUAUGGUAUAACAGCGGAUGUGGAGAGUCUGGAGACUAGUUACAUGGCGAGGAUUAUGCUUAUCUCAGUUAUCCCACUCAUAAUAAUUCAAAUCCCAACAGUCUUCCAUUUUUCUUCUUCUGAGGAAAGAAUUCUUAUUAUCAUCACUCUUGUUAUCUCUGUUUCAUUUCUACUUUCGUACUUCGUCUACCAGGUUUUCCAGCCGUGGAUCCAAAAACGAAGACUGGAAUUCGUAAAACAUGAGCAUUUAGUACUAGACAUAUUAAGGCAUGUGCAGAAACAUGCACUGGGAAGACUCCUCACUGCAGAUGGUGCACCAAAUGUAACCGCUAUAAGAAGACUAUUUGAGGAGGUAGAUCAAGAUGGAGAUAAAAUCCUAUCACUUACUGAGUUGAGAAAACUUUUUCAUGGAAUCAAAUACGAAAGAUGGCACGCGCAUAAGGAUAGAGCUGUUGAUGUGGUGAUGAAAAUAUUUGAUACUAGCGGUGACAAGAAAAUCACCGUGGAUGAGUUUGUCAUUGGAAUCACAAAGUGGCUUGAGGAGAUGAAACUUUCGGCAGAAAAACAAUAUCACUCCAUAAAGUCUUUGAAAGAAUUAUAUGAGAUUUUGCAACCUUUGAUUCAGAAGAAAAAGAAGGAACAUGAGGAACUAAUAUCCGAAGUUUUAGGACAUGUUCAAAGCUCCGCCAUAGGGAGUCUAUACAUGGAAAAUGGAAGACCUAAUAUACCUAUUAUCAGAAGGUUAUUCGAAGGCAUUGAUCUUGAUAAAGACAAUUGCAUAUCACAAUCUGAAUUAAGACAGCUCGUCGGGGAUAUAAAGUUUCGUAACGUGUCUCUUGAUUCGGAUGAAGUAGUAGAUCGACUCAUGGAAGAACUUGACUUAAGUGGAGAUCAGAUGAUAAAUGAGGAGGAAUUUGUCACUGGAGUUUCGAAAUGGCUGCACGCAUCUAGGAACCAAGCUCCUACUCCUACCUCAACCGAGGCCCCCAAUGAAACAUAUCAAAAAAAGUGGGAAGAGACUGACUUAUUAGUAGAGGGAAAACCUGUUGAUAGGUCUCUAUGGGCAUGGAUGAAGGCUAUAAUGCUACUGGUGGCAGGAAUUGCUAUUUUAGCAGUUCUAGCUGAACCACUGAUAGAGAGUGUCCAAAGCUUCUCUGAAUCAGCUACUUUACCAUCUUUCUUCAUCUCUUUUAUUUUGGUCCCAUUGGCUACAAAUGCCAGAGGUGCAAUAUCAGCAAUCACUGCAGCAAGAAGGAAGAAGCCAAGGACUACUUCUUUGACCUUCUCUGAGAUAUACGGCGGGGUGUUCAUGAACAAUGUUCUAGGCUUAACUGUGCUCUUAUCCUUGGUUUAUUUCCGGGGAUUGUCAUGGGAGUUCUCAGCGGAAGUGCUGAUCGUUCUGAUUGUCUGUGCUAUAAUGGGAGUUGCUACUAGUUUCAGCUCCACCUUCCCCAUUUGGACAUCACUGGUUGCCUACUUGCUGUACCCACUAUCUUUGAUACUGGUUUAUGUACUUGAUGAUUUCUUCAACUGGUCUUAAAGCUUGAUUUGUAGCUCAAAGAUGUCUGUUGAAAAGAUCAAAAGAUAGAAAUAAAAACAAUAAUUUUGGGUGAA